AUGUUGCCGCCACUUAAAUCAUUACAAUCUAUCCUUUCAAAUGAAAAAAGUUGUAUCAAUUAUUUAAUCGAAAAAGGAGUUCUUGAUAGUCAAUCAAUAUGUAAUUUAUGUAGUAGCUUAGCAAAAAGAUAUGAAAAAGUAUUUAAAUAUAGAAGAAAGCAAUGCAGAAUAUCUGUCUCUAUAUUUAAAGAUAUAUUUUUUUCAAAGCGCAAAUUAAAAGUUAAUGAGAUUCUUCAAAUUGGAUAUUAUUGGUUAGCAAAAACUCCACAUAUCUCAAUUAAAAACAUUACAGGACACUCACCAAAUACUAUAACAUAUUAUGCUAAUUGUUUUAAAGCACUUGUUGGUCUUAAUCUUCAAGAAACACAGGACAAAAUCAGAGGUCCAGAAAUUAUAGUUGAAAUUGAUAAAACUAAAAUCGGGAAAAGGAAAUAUAAUCAUGGUCAUCAUGUAAAAG